AUGCCUCUUCUUUAUCAGUAUCAUCAUCAUCGUGAUGAUGAUUCACCACCAUCAUCAUCAUCCAACAACAACAACAACAACAACAACAACAACAACAACAACAACAACACAACAUUAAAGAAGAUUGAAAAAAUCUCAAAAGUUUUACACGCGUUGUUUUUAACGACGGAAACGACGAUGCAUUGUAAUAACAACAACGAUGAUGAUGAGAAGAAGACAAAGAAGAAGAAGAAAGAGGACGAGUAUCGAGUUUUGAAGAUAACAGACAACGGCUUUUGUGGCCCGUUAACGAAAAUGACAAAAGAGAAAACUUUCCAAUUGGAAAAGCAUCGUCUCAAAGGGGGUGUUCGUCCCCCUCUUUUAGUGACAAAAUACGCGAGUGUUUGGGAGCAAAAAAAGUACAACAACAACGUGAACAAUGAAUUCUCCUCGGAAGAAGGAGAACACUACCGCGAUGUGCUCUCCUUGGCGAGAAUGAGCGAGCAGUUUCAAUCACGAGUCGUGGCUUUGCAUCGCGUGAAAGAGCUCUCGUCAUCGAUACAACCUUUGACAACAACAACAACAACAGACGAAGAGGAAGAACAACAACAACAACAACAACAACAACAACAACAGGAGAGAGAAGAGGAUGUUGAUUUUUUACUCGCGACGCAUAUUUUCGCGCCGGGUUCGAUGAAAGCGAAACAUAUAGUGGAAGUGCUGGACGGUACUAUCGCUCAUAACGGAGGUAACGAGAAGAGUGUGAUAAAGAAGAAACGAGAGGUGUACGCUUUGACGACGGCUUUGAGAAGCUUGAACGGCUUGGCGCGGUAUGUACAGAUGCCUCCCAUGAAAGAAGAGGAUAAAAAAGAGACCCACGAAAGGUUACGCGCGGAAGCGAAGAGGAAGAGAUGUUUAGUUUUACAGUCAAAGAAGACGAUUAUUGAAGCGUAUAAGGAAAUGAUGUUGACGACGCCGAAGAGUUCUAAAAUGGCUGACGAGAAGAAAACUUCUCAACAAAAAUCAACCGCCGUCGAAAAAGGAGAACGACAAACGUCCGCGACCACAAAGGAAACAAAAGAACAACAACAGACGAAUAGAAGUGAAAAGAGAAAGGAAGAGAAACCACAACACGAGAAUAAAGUCGUCGCUCCUAAAAAGACCGUCGUCGUCGUCCCAGUCGUCGCGACGAACCUUCCGCCGAAAGGCAGAAAACAAAAGAGGACGCCGUUUUCACCGCCUCGGAUCUUUGGACAAGAGAUUACGAACAACUACAACUAA